AUGGCGCGGUCAUUGAACAUGGACACCUUGCAGCAGAAUUUCUGGAAAGAGGAGUACCUGAAAGAGAUCAUGCUGCGCUUUGGCUGGCACCAGAAGUACGGGGCCCUUGUCAAGGCCAAGCAGGAGCGCCACCGUGAGCGACACAAGAAGGCCAUGGAGACCACCCUCAAGCUCCCCUCCCUCAAGGCCCCGCCCCCCGGGAAGCCGGGAAGCCCGCCCCUUCCUCCUCCUCCAGCGGUGCCACCAAAGGAACGCGAUCUGAUGGGGGUCGAUGCGAUGGUGCUGCAGGCCGAGAUGAAACCGCCACUGCGGGAGGUGCGUGCCCUCUUGUACCAAGGCAUCUCUCACGAGGACGAGGGGCGCUAUCGCUACCUGCAGACUCGCAUGCUCCUCCGGCCGGAGGACAAGUACACCUUUCCCAUCACCACCAACUUCAACUACGGCUGGCAGAUGGGGAAUAUGGCUACCAGCUACGUGGCUCCCACACCCAAGUGCCGCAUUGACAGCUUCUUCCGCAAGAACGGGGCCUUCUCCUUGCUGCACCCCCGGGACGUGGCCCUUUGA